AUGGUGGGUUUAAUUUCGCACAAUCCGAAACCAGUAGCGAGGAAUUUUUAUGAAAACAGCUUCAAACAGCUCAGCGAUAUUCAGCAGAAGCAGGUCGGGCUGCUCGUAGGCGUGAGUGUGGCGGAUGCAGCGGCACGCGCCUUGGAAGGUUUCAGUGCCGACGAAAUAUCGGCCUUGCAAAGCAGCCGUGAUGGGGAUAUCACCUCGCACGGUAGAGGGCGCAAGGCGGUCGAGGAGUCUCCCGUCGUGUUUGCGAAUGUUAAUGAAAGUGAUCUUCGCGGCCAUACUGCGCUAAGCGAUGAAGGUUGGCGGGAGCUUCGCCAGCAGCGCGGGCGUAGCCCCCUUGUCGAUCAUUCCUUCAGCUACAUGUUGUACUUUGGGCUCUUGCGCACGAUGAGCGCGACGAGAGGGGAGUUUCCGGUUUCUUUUGUCGAGCCGUUAUGGGUGGAGGCCUCUCAUCGCGUGCACCCGGGGCUCGUAUUCGCGCAGCAGCACGGCUCCCUCCUCCACACGCUCUGCACGCUGCUACCCGUCCCGACAAUCUAUCCAUACGCUAGUGAUGAGACAUUACGGGCGUAUGUGGAUCCGUUUAUCGAUUCCCUCACCACGCCCCCGCCCUCCACGUCUUCGCUCCAGGCCGGCGAUGCAGCCGAGCUCGCGAAGGCAGGGCGAGGUGCCGUUCGCGAUUUCACGAAAAGCGCCCUUAGCGUGGUGCUUCGCUACCUGCAGAGUAACCCUGAUCCCGAGCGUAAUGCGGCCUUCAUGGCGAUUCCCGGAACGGCUGCGAUCUUCAACGAGGCGAGAGCCGCCUUCUGCCCGCCGCUCGUGAGGCGAGCAAUUGGGGGGGGCGAUGGCGUUAUUGGCAACCCUAAUCCCGCCAGCAGCGAUCCCCCGCCCCCGGCGGAUCCCUUUCACGUGAAGAAGGCGCUUCCGAUCGACCAAAAAGCGUCAGCAGGGAUCAAUUUCCUCCCCAUUCGGUCUCCACUCCAGGAUGCCGUGGUUGUGCGCGAGGCGUUUGCGAUUUCUAGGACCUCCCGCAGCUUCGCGGAGGGCGUCGUCCAGGCGGUGCGCGCAGGAGGCAGCGUCUGCCAGCGCGCGAUGCUCGUCGGUGCGCUCCUCGGUGCGAGGUUUGGUGCCCGGCAGAUCCCCAUCCCGUGGAUCAGCGCCACGGUCGAUCAUAAACCGCUCGUGACGAUGGCGAUAGAGGUCGCGCAGUGGGCGUGGAACCCGCCACAUCGCUAA